CUAAUGUAGACACUGAAAUUCAGCAAAACAAAAACCGAUUCCCAAAACCCUAAGCCCCAAACCCCAACAUCAAUGGCCGACGUCAAAGCAGUUGAUGAAGGAGGCGAAUUCCCCGAGAAACGCACGCUUGAUCCCCCAAAUUCCAUAAACAAAGCCCUAGAUGAUUCGAUUAAGAGGCAGAAAAUUGAAGCUCCCACCGGCAAAAAUGGCUCCGUUCCACUCGUCGCUGGUGAUGCAGCGAAAUCGGAGGAGCAUUUGAAUGCCGUUGCUGCUGCGGAGGAGGAAGACGAGGAGGAUGAUGAAGACGAGGAAGACUAUACUGCCGAGCAAGACGAAGAUGCAGACGAGGAUGCAAACGGGGAAGCCAGCAGAAAAGGGAAGGGGAUCGUGGUGGACAGGAAAGGGAAGGGCAAAAUGAUUGAAGACUCCGACAACGAUGAUUCUGAUGGCCGUGUAGAUGAUGAUGACGACUCGAGUGAUGAUUCCGACAGUGAUUUCUCCGAUGGACUUGAUGAGAGUGAUCUGGAGGAUGACCCGCUUGCUGAGGUUGAUUUGGACAACAUUUUGCCGUCAAGGACCAGGCGGAGUCGAGCGCAACCUGGGGUCCGAUUUUCUAAUGAUCCCUGCAAGGGAAAAGAAGGGUGUUAUUGCAGCUCUUGUUUAAGGAGUAUGUGUAUCCGAAUUGUUUGAUUUAAAUAACAUCUGUUUGUGGAAGUAUCUCUUAUUAGCUUUGUCACAACAAGCCUGCUUUUGCUGGGAUUUCAAGCAACUAUAUGACAAAUAGGCAUUCAUUACAUCAUGUGUGCUUCCUUUUACCGUAACUAAAAGAAAUUAAACAUGGGAUGAGAUGGAAGUGGAUGGUUUCCUCAAUAAUAUCUCUUUGUAAAAACUAAAAAGAUGAAUGAAGGACAGGGAUGGACUACAUUUUUGGAUUUAUUUCUACAAUUUAUGCUUGAUGCAGCUUUCAAGUGGAAGGAUCCUGGUUGCUUUCUCUGCUUGGCGUCUAGGGCUAUAGAUUCGUCAACAAUAUAAACUUAUUUGGUCUGAUUCAUGAUAUGAUCGUCAGUGCUUGGUGUUGAAAAAGGUUCUCAUCUUCUGCUUACGGCAGGAACUACGUGGCAUGAUUUGCUUUCUUUACCGAACAAGAUCACUGUCGCCUUAGAAGCCAACCUAGAACAAUGCAAGAGAGCCAUUGAAUAAGUAGUGUUUGACAUAACUUUGAAGUAUUUUCAAGUCUGCAAUGAUAAGGGAGAACAUGAAUUCCUAUGGUUUGGAGUGUUCCUUGACUUUCUGUUUGGUUCCCACUUCACCAACAAUUUUUUUUUGUUGCAGUGUCAGCACCAAAGGAACAAAGAGAUGCUCCACAACAUGAAGACUAGAUUCCUACAUCAUGGCUCGGAGGUAGAAUUAGGUUUGCAGACUUGUCUUUUUAGCUUUGAGGCAUCAUUCAACAGUAUAAAGCAUGUGCAAUACCGUUUUGAUGUGAUAACUUAAUAUCUUAUGACAUCCUCAAUAUCAUAUGCAGAUUCUAGGGGGUUCGAUAUUUGUUAAUUUUCAUUGGAUUUGGUGUUAUAUAAGGUAAGAUUUUUAGCAUUGUUAA